AUGAGUUGGGAUUUUGACGAGUUGGAGUUGCUUGAGGGCCUCACGCAGGGCGUCUCAGCAAGUCCAGGAUGGCCCCAAGAUCGGCUAGAGCGGCUAGAUGGCAAGACCACAGGCCCAGAGAUGACUGGCAAGAGUCAGUUGCAUACAGGCGGCCAUCCUCAGCAAGCUCAACGGGCGCAUGCUGAAAAAUCUCGGCGGCGCAUUGAAGCAGCGGCGCUGGAAGGGUGGCAGAGAGUUCUAGACGUGCAAGAAGUGGACGUGGCAAGUGUGAAGAAGGCGUACCACGAGCUAGCGCGGCUGCAUCAUCCAGACAAAGCUGGCUCGAGGGCAGAUUCCGAAGUUUUCAAAAUUGUGCAUAAGGCUUACAUUGAUGGAUUGGCGGUAGCGUCAAUGCGGGAAGCAAGUGACGUCAAGCUGAAAGAUGGGGCUGGACUUGCCCACUGUGCCACAAUGGAUCUGGGGAGAAAAGCGUGGCCAAUGAGAUCCUCGUCCACAAAGGAGCUGGUCCGUGCGGCGGUGGACGAGUGGGAGCAUGACUAUGAUGAAGGAAAUGCGAAUUCUGUGCCCGACUGCAUUCCAGAGGUUGAAGCCAGCGAGCUAGCCAGCUGGUUGCACGCAGGGGCAUGCCAGACGGUCGACUGCCGUGAGGCUGUGGAAGCCAAGUAUGAACGCAAAUUGGUACCUGUUCCAAAAGCCUUUCACGUCAGCUUUGGCGAUUUGCGAUCACGGCCUCACACAUUGCUACAUGGCCUGUCUCGGCUGAAAGACAGCCCUGGCCCGAUCGUAACAUUUUCAACCCACGGAGGUACUAGUGGGAACUGUGGCAUGUGUGCAGCAAUGCUCAUCGAUGUCUUCGAGUUUGACCCGUUGCGCAUUUACCGGCUGGAAGGGGGUCUUGAUUCGUGGACUGCGUGGGCGGUUGGCAGCAUCAGCGCACACCUGGGAAAUGUAGUGUACGUGGCUGGCCAUAAGUGGGGAUACAUUGACCUGGACAAAGCGACUGUUCGAAGUUUCGUUUGCCACAAGUACGAAACCUCCUUGGUUCACGUGGCUGUGACUGAUACGGCCUUGCAGUCCAGAGUCAUUGCGGCCGACCAGGAUGGGACGCUGUGGGUGUUCGCAACGCGCGACAAAAGGGACUGCAAGGUAGAACAUCGUUUCCCUCAAGGGACCUCACGCAGACCCUUGCUGUUGUCCUCUGUUCGAGGAUUCGCAUUAGCCUUGGAGAUGUCCCGAAACUUCAGCGGACGGUCAGAGAUGAUCGCUUUCAACAUGUCGCACGUGGGUAAAGGUUGGGAUGAUUCUGCGCGGGAUGUCUCGCCUAUCGCAUGGAGAAGAAGCAGCCGGCCUCUACGAGAUUGGGCAGUCCAGCGACGGUAUCAAGAAGGAGACCUUCUUGCACUACUGUCCCAGGACGGCAUGGAAAUUGAGAUCUUUGAGCUGAUGAUGCAAGUCUACCAGCCUCCACCUGGAGAUUUGCUCGGAAACUUCAAGCUCCCAAUCUUUGCAACUUGGCAGAUCUGGGAUUUGGUUCGCACUGGCAACGCUUUUCACUGGCACUGGAAGACCCAGGAAGCUCAACCGGAGUUCCUGACUGCAGCGCAAGCUUCGCCUGUUGCAAGUCCGGCUGCCAUUCUCACAGGGUUCUGGAGACAGAGAUUAGGACAAGAAGGCUCUGCCCAUAUUCCGAUUGUGAAGCCUGCAGACAUUGCCAUUGUCUCCCGCUCGGAGAAGAAGUUUGAGGGAAAAGGCGGACAUGAGCCAUGGUUUGGACCAACUGCAUUCACAGUCUUUGGAGAGCGGUGGACACUUGACAACUUCUUGGGAGCUGGCGCAUUUGGGCAGUCUUACUUAGCAACACACGAGCCUACUGGACAUCGCUACGUCCUGAAAUUCCUAUCAAGGGACAAUGAUCGUGAGCUGAGCUUCCUUCGGCAGGCACCCUUCCAAGUGUUUCAGCACCCCAAUGUCAUCAGCUAUGUUGGGAUUGCCACGCACAUUGGCCGGGGGUCUUCUGCGUGGGAUCCCGCGAGGCAUAUUGUUGUCAUGGAGGCAAUUCCCAAUGGCGAGCUGUUUGAUCUCAUCACAGCCGAAGCAGCAGCAUUGAGCGAUGGAACCAUGAGACGCCUCGUGCAUGACAUCAUCAACGGAAUGUCUGAGCUCUGCAAAUGUGGAAUCACGCACAGAGAUUUGAAGCCAGACAACCUGCUGAUUGACGAGAAUGGCCACGUGGUCAUCAUCGAUUUGGGGUGUGCAAACUUGGUGCACUGGCUCCAGGAAGAAGCGCAGGAUCACCAUGAGCAGACAACUUCUUCACCGACACUCAAGUCGCAGAGUUCAAAGUUCAUGCGAGAACAAACAGCCGCGGUCGGCACUGAUCUCUACCAUGCGCCGGAGUAUGGACAGAAGAUGUAUGAUAGCGAGAGAGCAGAUGUAUUCACGGUUGGGAUUUUAGUUUUCCUGUUGAAGCAGCCCAUUCCGCCAUUUCAUCCAUACUUCGGAGGGCUAAAAGUUCUGACCGAUGAGGGUGCCAGCUCAAAAUGGUGGGAUAGGAAAGAGUUUCAGCAGUUUGCUGAAGCUUCGGAACUUAAAGCGCUCAUCAACUGCUUGUGGGCACGAAGCCCAGAAAAGCGGCCAACGUUUCAACAGCUUCAGGCUGCCAUGGCAGGUGAUGAAGCUGUACUGAAACUGUUUCCGGGCUUGAGUUGGUUGUUUGGUGACUUGUCUGCGCCCUUGGACUUUGUACGGGAGCUUCGUGCACGACGCCCUAACCUGUCGCUGAAGUGCACAGGCGUGGUGGAGGCACUGGCGCUUUUCGUCAGGAAGUUCAACAGCGCAGAGGCUGCCUUUCUCGCGGCCAACGCUAGUGGUUGUGGGCGUCUCUCAGCGGUCGAGCUAACAAGCAGUCUUCAAAAUGAAAAUGCAACAAUCACUCCAGAAGGUGUAGCAGAGCUCAUGCGACGCUACAUGGCCCGCGAGUCUCAAGAGAUGUCACUAGACCAGUUCAAAGUCAUGGCAAAAGCGUGGGAGUUUGGGGGCAGGCCAAUUGUGCAUGAUGUUGGAAGGAUGAACUCGAGGCACUUUGCCUUUGCUCCGAGAGAAAACCUUUCGGAGGACGAGGAAAUUGAAUCCUUCACCUCUAACAUCUCAAGUGCCUUCACGAACGCCAGCUAUAAAGUGGAGAAGGUGUCCAAUGUUAUCGACGCCAAGAACUUCGAGAACUCAGCCGCUUUCACCGUCACCAUGGGCAUGGGUACGGAGCUUUGCCAGCUGCGCAUAAGCACCUUCACGAUGGAAAACAAGCUUGUCGUUCAAAGCAGGAGGCUUUGGGGCUCCUCCGUGGAGGAGCUUCUCAUGUUGCAGCAGAUGAACAACGACCUGGUGAAGAUAUGGGGCGCUCGUGUCCCACCCCCGGCGGCUUUGCUAUCACCGGGCUAG